AUGCUUUGCAUCCCCUCCGGCCGCAGUGCGGGGCCCGGGGUCGGGGCCCGGAGCGCGGCUGGGGCGAGGCAGCUUCGAGGGACCGGCUGUUUGGGGAGCCCACCGGCCUCGGCUCUUUAUCGGGGCGCCAGCGGGUGGAGCCACCUCCUCGCCCAGUGGGCCCGCUUCCCUGACUCACUCCCACAGUUCAGCUGGAGAAGAACCAGCCUCAGGCCUCCUGCCCCUGCCCAGACAGGAGCCCUAACUACAGGUGACCUGUGCACCACGUUUGAACAGGCUCCACCCCUUCUCUUGUCUCCAGGAGCUGUCAGUAGUGAAACGGGAGGAUGCUACCAGGCUCUAAGGUCAUCCUGUGAUUGCUGCGUGGACAGCAGCAGCAGCAGAUCUGCAGAGAGCUCUGAUUCAAAGAGCAAUGCCCUAGCAGACCAGAGCACUCAUCUAGCACGAGCUGGCCAUCCGGCAGGCAGUCAAGGGACCCUGCCACCCCAGGCCCUCCGCGCUGAGGGCUACAGCGGAGUACGGCAGCUGGCCUUGCAAAGCCCAGCCUUAAUGAUGGCCUUGGCCCUUAUUAAGCUCUUAAGAGUCAUCCUGAAGCAAGCCAGGGGCUAG